AAAAGCGCUUACUAUACAUAGAUCCAACAGAGGUAUCAGACAAACUGCAAUAAAAUUCAAGGCUUUAAAUCACCCAGUGAAACAAGACAAAUGAGCUCGUAUUUUGUACACUCUUUAGCGAACGGUGGCUACCACCAUGGAACGGAGUUACAGGGGCAGGGCCGGUACCUCACGGAGGGGGCUCAGCACUACCAGGCCUCCACGCCGCCGAUCACUGUAUCGAACUAUAGCUAUAACUACAAUACACAAGUUGAUAGUAGUUUCUAUGCUAUGAAUAGAUCAUCAAACUUAAGCAAUCCGCCGAGGUUAAGUCAUACCCCUCAGACGUUACCGGAAACAACAAAUUCGGAAAGAUUUGUCCCAAGUCAAGGCGGCAUGGCCAACUGUCAUGGUGUGACCCCACCAAGGGGCUGCCAGACAGCCACAGAAGUUAAGGGUAGUCAGAACUCACCUGGAAUUCAACAAGUAAGUCCCGGAAUCCAAUCACCCCACAACGAGCAUAUUUAUCCAUGGAUGAGACGAGUCCACUCAAGUACUGGUAUUAGUAGCAUAGAGCCUGCUAAACGUUCACGCACCGCUUACACUCGUUACCAAACACUAGAGUUAGAGAAAGAAUUUCAUUUCAACCGCUACUUAACACGUCGGCGGAGGAUAGAGAUUGCUCACUCAUUGGGCCUAACGGAAAGGCAGAUCAAGAUCUGGUUCCAAAAUAGGAGAAUGAAAUGGAAGAAGGAGCAUAAUGUUAAAAGUAUUUCACAGCUGAUGGCACAAGAAUCGUCAAAUACGGUAGAUACACCGACCGCCGUUCAAUGAACUUAGUAAAAGGUCGCAAUUGAAUUGAAGAAAAAAAAAAUGAACAUUUUUAAAGAACCACAAAAAUCGAUCUUUAUCAAAUCAGUAUAAACGUUGUAUUUUGCGAAAAAAUCAAGGUGAGUUAAGAUGAAAAGAGCACCGUACCGACAAGCACUGUACGCAGGUGUCCCGGUGAGGAAAAGGAAGAAACCAUCGCUUACCAUCCGUUAAUUCAACUUGUGUGCUAGUUCUGAAAUUUUUGUUAAGCAAUUCUUUUUUAUUUAAAUCUUGAUAUAUUUCACGUCAUUAAUUACGUUGUAUAUCAACUGUGUUGGUUUAUCUCCUGUGGUCACCGGUGAAACUGAUUAGAUGUUCAUAUCCAUGUGGCGGAUCAUUAUAUCAUAAGGGUUCUGUAAACUAUAAACACCAUGCGUAUAAUUAUUUUCAUAUAUUUAUAAAUCAUAGUUUUAAAAAAGACACUUCACAAAACCUCGUAAAACAUUUCACAAGUUCAUAUAGACCUACCAUUAGAAUCAUAUCUAAGAAAUGUAGUGCAAUUAUAUACAUUCAUUCCUCAUCAUAUGCAAUAUAAACAAUUAAUUGUUUGUAUGCAGUUUACAGUAGGCCCUAUAUAUAUAUAUAUAUAUAUAUAUAUAUAUAUAUAUAGACAGAUAUAUAUCUGUAUAAACAUACACUUGCAUCGAUGCAUUUUUACUGUAUAAGAAUAACAAAUACGAAAGUAGGCAUACUGUAUAAUGAUGCUUAUAUAAUUAUAAAAAAUACAGUAAAUGAUUACGAUAGGCCUAUAAAAAUAAAUGUAUAUACACUACAUUGAUAAACAAACUUAUUUACAACGAAAUAGUUUUGAAGGUUUAUUUUGCUUUUAAAUGCGAGAAUUAAUUGUAAUUUAUGAAUUGUAAAUGUUAUGUAAUUUAAUCAACUGCCAAUUGACAAAACAAAUAGUUUAUUAGCGCAUAAAUAUAAUUAUGACACUUCAAACAAAACGUUUUAAAAGAUAUUUUUUCUGCUCAAUUACUGUAGUU